AACCGUUCGAUAUCAACUUCGCUUUCCGUCCGCACGCCGGGCACAGCCAAAAUCGUCAACGACGAGUCGAGUCGAGAGGGGAUCCAUCCAUCCAUGCUUCUUGAUCACAAGGUUCUUAAAAGGGCUUCCUCCUCCCUUCUCACAUAAAUAGCUCAUCCGCAUCGCCCUUGAGAUCUUAUUCCUCUUCGCCUGCGAUUUUCCGUGGCCGCGGGGGACAACGAAGCCCGAGGGAAAUUAUCGAUCGAUCGAAGAAGUCCUCAUCAAUGACGCUUGGAGGUUCUGCUGGAUCCGGUAUCGUCGUUCCUCGGAACUUCAGGUUGCUUGAAGAGCUUGAACGAGGAGAAAAGGGCAUCGGAGAUGGGACUGUAAGCUAUGGUAUGGAUGAUGGAGAUGACAUUUACAUGCGCUCCUGGACAGGAACAAUAAUUGGUCCUCUUAACGUGAGAGAUUCUACUUUGAACUUUAUAACCUUGCCUAUAUUCAAACUGUUCUCAUUUCUCGCACUACAUCUCUUGUUACAGACCGUACAUGAGGGUCGCAUCUAUCAGCUGAAAUUAUUCUGUGACAAGGACUACCCUGACAAACCUCCUAGCGUCCGAUUCCAUUCACGCAUCAACAUGACUUGUGUCAAUCCUGACACUGGAGUGGUAGAUACAAGAAAAUUUUUGGUCCUGGGGAACUGGCAACGCGAUUACACAAUGGAGUACAUUCUAACGCAGCUUAAGAAGGAAAUGGCGGCAUCGCAUAACCGUAAGCUUGUCCAGCCACCGGAGGGCACUUACUUCUAAUAUCUCACUGUUGCAAAUUAAGGUCCAAGUUCUUGUAUCGAUUCAAGAAGCAACGAACCGAAUGUUUAUUUCGUCAUGCUUGUGGUGGACGAUUCUGCAUGGUUAUAUGUCUGACAAUGGCACUUAAACUGUUGACGGGUCGCUGGUGUGUAUUACAUCCGAACCAGAAGAAACUAAAGUGGUGUCUUGGACCGUGCUCUUUUCUGGAUAAACGCACCAACUCUGUUGUAGCUUAGACCAUCUUAUUACUGGAAAUCAAUGGAGUUAUUUCUA